AUGCGCAUAACAAGAGGGGCGACUCGUCAUGGCGGACAGCAGCUGGACAAGCUGCGCGACGGGUUUAAAAGGCGUCAUACUGGAUAUGUGCGGAGUUUUAUAUGACAGCGGGGAGGGCGGCGGGGUGGCCAUUCCUGGCUCCGUCGAAGCCGUGAAGAAGCUUAAAGCUUCCGACCUGAAGCUGAGAUUCUGUACCAAUGAGACGCAGGCCGCGAGAGAGAAGUUUGUGGCCAAACUCCAAAGAUUGGGGUUUGACAUUUGUGUCAGUGACGUCUUCUCUCCGGCACCUGCAGCGGUUGCUCUGCUGAGGGAAAGAGGGCUGCGGCCCCACCUGCUGGUGUAUGACGCGCUCCUUCCCGAGUUUGACGGCGUAGACACGAGCGAUCCCAAUUGCGUGGUGAUCGGCGACGCGGCCGAAAAGUUCUCCUACGCCAACCUGAACGAGGCGUUCAGGGUCCUGAUCGGCCUGGAGAAGCCGACGCUGUUCUCUCUCGGGAAAGGGAAGUACUACAAGGAGACGGACGGCCUGAAGCUAGACGUGGGAGUUUACAUGAAGGCUCUGGAGUACGCCUGCGACGUGGAGGCCGAGGUCAUCGGGAAGCCGUCUGCUGCGUUCUUCCGGAGCGUUCUCAACGACAUGGCGCUCCAGCCACACGAGGUGAUGAUGAUUGGCGACGAUCUCGUGAACGACGUCGGGGGUGCCCAGCAGUGCGGAAUGAAAGGUGUGCAAGUCCGGACGGGAAAAUACAGGCCCAGCGACCAGAGUCACCCGACCGUGACGGCUGACGGGACGGCCGACCACCUGGCCCAGGCCGUGGACAUGAUCCUCAGCCGCAGGAGGAAACCUUAAGGCCAGUUUCGGGAGCGCCCUCCUCCGCCUUGUCGCCCUCCAUGUACGUCUGCAGCGACCGCCACAGGGCUUGGAUGUUGCCCUCGCCGAAGCCGCUCGCCCCCUUGCGCUGGAUCAGCUCCAGGAAGAAGGUGUCCUCGGCGAAGAUGGGCUUGGAGAACACCUGCAGGAGGUACCUGGGGAGGGGACGUCGCGCUUGAGGACCGUUCGCUUAAAAGGAUAAUUAUGAGAUAAUCUAAAAUGAUCACCUCUGCGCCUCGCUGGCUGACGAGGCCUGUUGCUGCGGGUCGGCGUCCAAGAGAAUUCCGUGCCGCGCCAGCUUCUGCACGUCCUGUCCCGCGUCCUCGAUCUCCUGCAGUUUGCCCACCUGUCGCGCCACAAGUUUCAAUAGCCAAAAGACAAUUAUUUUCUUACAAUCAACAUUUUGGAAAUUAUGUUGAAGUUAUUUUAACUUUUAUAUUUAUUUUUACAAUGUUCUACUCACAUUUGUUUACAAAGUUAAUUAGCAAAUAAAUAUGUAAGCAUA